AUUAGCGUUAGCGUCAAGGAAAUAAGAGCAUUAGCGCUGCUGCUGCUGCUGUUACGCUAUUGGCAACGAGAGAGGAGACGGAGACGAAGCAACGACAUUGAUAAAUCAUUGAUAUUGCAAUCCCAUCUCUCUGUAUGUGUCUUCUCUAUACUACAGCCUGCAAUUCGAAGUGUGUCUUGUAAUCCAAGGCGCAAUGUCGGUGUCUAUUUCGUCCAUGCCUAACGACGGAUUGAUGGCGCCGGCCGCGGAAGAAGCUGCGGAGGAGGAGCUAUUCGAUUCCUCGUCUUGUGCUGUGAAAUUCGGGACGGCGGAGGGGCUGGAAUACGUCCGGAAGCUUACGGACGUCGGAGCAAUGACGCGGUUGCUCCACGAGUGUAUAGCUUACCAGCGAGCCCUAGAUCUGGAACUCGACAACAUCCUGGCGCACCGCGUCGAUCUCGACAAGCAACUAUCCAAUCUCCAGAAAUCGGCGGACGUUCUUGAGAUCGUCAAGGCCGAUUCCGACUACAUGCUCUCCAAUGUCCGCUCCACCUGCCAUCUCGCCGAUCAGGUCAGUGGAAAGGUCCGCGAGCUCGAUAUCGCGCAGUCCCGCGUCAACGACACUCUCCUCCGCAUCGACGCCAUUGUCGACAGGGCUAAUUGCCUCGACGGCGUCAAGAAGGCCCUUGAUUCCGAAGAUUUCGAGACCGCCGCAAACUCUGUCCAGACUUUCCUUCAAAUCGAUGCCAAAUACAAGGAUUCAGCCUCUGAUCAGAGGGACCAGCUCUUGGCGUUCAAGACACAGCUCCAAGGGAUUGUCCGGAAGAGACUGUCGACUGCCGUUGAUCAACGGGAUCAUCCGACGAUUCUCCGCUUCAUUAGGCUAUACUCGCCCCUGGGUCUUGAGGAAGAAGGGUUGCAAGUGUACGUGGGCUAUUUGAAGAAAGUCAUUGCUAUGAGAUCCAGGCUGGAGUUUGAGCAAUUAGUGGAACUCAUGGAACAGCCCUCUGCAGGCCCGAAUCAGGUAAAUUUCGUGGCUUGUUUGACGAAUUUGUUCAAAGACAUCGUUUUGGCUAUCGAACAAAACGAUGAGAUUUUGCGGAGCCUAUGUGGUGAAGACGGUAUUGUGUAUGCCAUAUGCGAGCUUCAAGAGGAGUGUGAUUCUAGGGGUUCUCUAAUUAUAAAGAAGUACAUGGAUUAUAGGAAAUUGGCUAAAUUAACCUCAGAGAUUAAUUCUUAUAAAAGUGCUUUGCUCUCUGUUGGAGUUGAAGGCCCGGACCCCAGGGAGAUUGAGUUGUACCUGGAAGAAAUAUUAUCUCUCACACAAUUGGGCGAAGACUACACGGAGUACAUGAUAUCGAAGAUCAGGGGUUUAAGUUCAGUUGAUCCGGAAUUGGGUCCAAGAGCUACAAAAGCUUUUAGGAGUGGAAAUUUUAGCAAAGUGGUGCAGGAUAUCACUGGUUAUUAUGUGAUUUUGGAGGGAUUCUUCAUGGUGGAAAAUGUGAGAAAGGCUAUCAACAUCAAUGAACGUGUACCUGACAGCCUUACCACAUCCAUGGUGGAUGAUGUCUUCUAUGUUUUGCGUAGUUGCUGUAUGAGGUCAAUAUCCACUUCAAACAUCAACUCUGUGAUUGCAGUUUUGAGUAGUGUGGUGAGCUUGUUGGGAAAUGAGUAUAAUGAAGCAUUGCAGCAGAAAAUGAGGGAGCCUAACCUUGGAGCAAAGUUGUUUGUAGGUGGUGUUGGCGUGCAAAAGACUGGAACAGAGGUUGCUACAGCACUCAAUAAUGUGGAUGUCAGUAGUGAGUAUGCACUAAAAUUGAGGCAAGAGAUUGAAGACCAAUGCGCAGAGGUAUUCCCCGCACUGGCAGAUAGAGAGAGGGUUAAGUCCUGUUUAUCUGAAUUAAAUGAGAUGAAUAACAGCUUCAAAAAAGCCUUGAAUGUUGGAAUGGAGCAACUUGUAGCUACUGUCACACCUAGAAUCCGUCCAGUAUUAGACAGUGUGGCAACUAUCAGCUAUGAGCUAUCUGAGGCUGAGUAUGCAGACAAUGAGGUGAAUGAUCCAUGGGUCCAGAGGCUUCUUCAUUCUGUUGAGACCAAUGUAGCAUGGCUCCAGCCUGUAAUGACUACGAACAAUUAUGACUCUUUUGUCCAUCUGGUCAUUGACUUCAUUGUGAAGAGGCUUGAAGUGAUCAUGAUGCAAAAGAGGUUCAGUCAGCUUGGAGGUCUUCAGCUUGACAGAGAUGCUAGAGCAUUAGUAAGCUAUUUCUCGAGCAUGACUCAAAGGACUGUUAGAGACAAGUUUGCUCGCCUUACCCAGAUGGCAACUAUCUUGAACUUAGAAAAGGUGUCUGAAAUUCUAGAUUUCUGGGGAGAGAACUCUGGACCCAUGACUUGGAGACUUACACCUGCUGAAGUGAGGAGAGUGUUGGGUCUGCGGGUUGAUUUUAAACCUGAAGCAAUUGCUGCUCUUAAAUUGUAAUCUCCAUCUAUAUGGCUUUGGCAUAUUUCAUAUUGUUUGUAGCUUCUGCUGUCCUAAAUUUGCAGUUAGUUUGUUAAUCUAUGAGAGGGGGUGGCAGAUACAGAAUAACCAGAGAUGUAUUCAUGAGAGUUUCUUUUCUUCUGGGAUUUUGUUCCAUAAUCUUUUGCUCACUUGCACUUUGUUUCUUGUAAACUUGGAUACUUUUUCAUAAUCCAGUGUGUACUCCAAUCCCAUUCUAAGAGUUUAAAUUGAAAUA